AGAUGGCGGCGGCGGCGGCAGCGGCGUCCCUGCGUAGGGCGGGCUGGAGGCUCCUGCGGCUGCGAGGCCGACCCGUGGCCUGGUGUCAGUUGCCUGUGACAUCACGUGCCUUUCAGGCUUCAGUGCAGUUGAGGGCCUCAGAUGAACAGAAAUAUCAUCCACCACCUUCUUCUGCUCAGCAAUCGUCUGAGUCACAGGCAACGGAAGACUCUGAUCCGGGGUCCCCGCGCUCUCGUCCCAGGUACACAGAUCAAGGCGGGGAAGAGGAGGAGGACCACGAGAGCGAGGAGCAACUGCAGCAUCGGAUCCUAACGGCAGCCUUGGAGUUUGUGCCCUCUCAUGGCUGGACCGCGGAAGCCAUUGCCGAAGGGGCCCAGUCCCUGGGCCUCUCUAGUGCAGCAGCUGGCGUAUUUGGGGCUGACGGAAGCGAAUUGAUCCUGCACUUUGUGUCCCAGUGCAACUCCCAACUCACCCAACUGAUGGAGGAGAAACACAAGCUGGUCCAACUGGGCCAAGCCGAGAAGAUGAAGACAGACCAGUUCCUGAGGGAGGUGGUGGAAACCAGACUGAGAAUGCUGAUCCCGUACAUCGAACACUGGCCUCGGGCCCUCAGCAUCCUCCUGCUCCCUCCGAACAUCCCAGCCAGCCUGAACCUCCUAACCAGCAUGGUGGAUGAUAUGUGGCACUAUGCUGGAGAUCAGUCCACUGAUAUUAACUGGUACACGCGCCGCGCGGUGCUGGCCGGCAUCUACAACACGACCGAGCUGGUCAUGAUGCAGGACACGUCCCCCGAUUUCGAGGAUACCUGGAAUUUCUUGGAAAACCGGAUCAGGGAUGCGAUGGCCAUGGGUCACACAGCUCAACAGGUCAAGUCCACCGGGGAGGCCCUUGUCCAGGGAAUGAUGGGAGCAGCCGUGACCCUCAAGAACCUGACCGGCCUGAAUCAGCGCCGAUGAGGAGAGAGAAGGAAGGAGUUCACUGCGCCGUGAAAGAAAAGUGAAGGAAUUAGUUGUCCGGGAUUACCACGGACACUCGAUUGAAGCAUCCAAAGGCCACUGAUGCUCUCUGACUUUGUGGCCAAGCCAAACCUUGCACUGUGGCUACAGUGUUAGGUAAUUAGAAUUUGAAUAGACUGUCCAAACCAAGGCUACCCAAUACCUUCGAUCACCCUCCCAUUUAACUGUCCAUUCACCUCAGGAACAUGACGACGUAUUUCCCAGAAGCACUUUCAGGGGCCUAUAAAUUGAUGACAACGAUAUAAUCGCAGCCUAGUGCCAGUAGCGGCUGUCAUUGUCUGACUACGUCCCAAAGACCACGAUAUAGAAUCCUUUAGUGGUGAUGCCACUAUGAGAUUUCACCCAUUGCCCUGAUUCUCGGUCCCGCCGUCUGUGAUACCACCUGGGUUUUCAGGGAGUUCUCCAGAUAGCGGCUUUGCCCAUCCGACCCAGGUGUAUGAUCUUGGGCCCUGUGGUUGUUAUUCGUGUUGAGUCCACCCAGAUUUGGCAGUUUGCGAAUUGAGACUGUGUAAAAAUGAUAAUAAAGAUUCCCAUCUGAAGUGA